AUGGCUGCUGACGUGCAGCCCAUCGCUCAGGUCAAACUACCUUCGCGGCCGUCGUCGCUCACUCCAGAACAGCAAUACUGGAGAUCUUUCAAGUCGCCGCUGAACAUUCCAUCGCCAACCAAGCAUGCGAUCACCCAUGUUUCGCAGCCAGAACCACACGCCUCGACCCAAACAUCGCCGGACUUCUUCACGGUGACAACCGGUGCUCGCAUUCAACUCUAUUCUGUGAAAACCCGGAAACUCCUCAAGACCAUCACCCGUUUCGACGAUACAGCUUACAGCGGCGAGGCCAGAUAUGACGGGCGUGUCCUCGCAGCCGCAGAUGAGACCGGUACAAUUCAAGUCUUCGAUGUGAGUUCGAGAGCGAUUCUGAAAACAUGGAAGGAGCAGAAACAGGCAGUCCACAAUGUAAGAUGGAGCCCGAGGGAGAGUACGGCGCUCAUGAGCUGCGGCGACGACAGGACUGUCAGACUUUGGGACCUUCCCAGUGAGAGCAGUGUUGCAGUCUUUCGCGGCCACCAAGACUAUGUACGGACUGGCUCUUUCUUACCCGGCCAAUCUGGCAACCUGCUUGUUUCUGGGAGUUAUGAUCAGACCGUGCGACUCUGGGAUCCCCGUACUCCCGACGGUGCUGUCAUGAGUUUCAAACACAUCGCUUCAGUCGAAGAUGUUCUCUGCAUGCCGUCAGGCACGACUCUCCUCGCUGCUGCGGACAACCAAGUCGCAGUGUUGGAUAUCGUGGCAGGCAGACCCUUGCACAUAAUCAAGAAUCACCAAAAGACCAUUACGUGCCUGCGUUUGGCAUCAAAUAACUCGAGACUUGUCAGUGGAGGUCUCGAUGGACAUAUGAAAGUCUUUGAGACCACCGGUUGGAAUGUCGUCGCCGGUUCCAAAUAUCCUUCACCAAUUCUUUCUUUGGAGGUUGUUUCAUCUGGUACCCCACGUGAAGACAAGCAUGUUGUGGUGGGCAUGUCUACGGGCCAAUUAAGUAUUAAGACUCGACUAUCCGGGGAGCAGAAAGUGAAGGAGCGGGAGAGACAGAAACAAAUGGAAGCGUUGCUGGCAGGCAAAAUCGACGAAUAUGAUAAAAAGCAAGCAAAGAAGCGCCCGAGAGCAUUGGAGAGGCGGCUGCGAGGUCGAGAUUAUGCUGGCGAUGACGCAGAUAUCAUCGUCGAGGGCAACGUCCGCAGCAGGCCAAAGAAAAUCCCCGCCUGGGAGCGAGAGUUGCAUAGAGGCAAAUACAACAUGGCUUUGGACCUUGCUGUUUCGGUCGGCGACAGAAUCACCGUUAUAACUGCUCUCAACACCCUCCGCUACCGAUCUGCCCUGCGCGCAGCACUCGAAGGCCGCGACGAGACCCAGCUCCAGCCUAUUAUGAGCUGGGUCUGGAAAAACAUCUCAAAUUCGACUGUCGUUCCACUGUGCGUGGAAGUAUCCAUGGCCAUUAUGGAUUUGUACUCCAAACACCUUGCUGAGAGCGAACCUCUUGCUCGACAAGUCAACAAGUUGCGAGAAAAGGUGCAAGAUGAGGUCAACCGUGCACAGCUGGCAGGAAUGACGAGAGGGAUGCUGGAACUUCUGACCCCAAUCACUGCGAGCUAG